AUGGUUGGUGGAACGGUAGAAUUAUUUCCUCCUUCACAUUUCCAUCUCCAACAUCUCAACCUCCUUUGCGUUAACAUGCAGAUAUCCUACUCAAACGUCGAUUUACCACUGGUCUCAGCUACCAUUGGUGAGAUGCAGGGAACUUCAGACGUGAUUUUGUGCGAGGAAUCGGGUCUUGAAACCGUCAGGAAUGGUGUCAGCUAUCGUCAACGGCAGCUCGUCGAAGAAAAGACCAAUAUUAUUCAGUCCAACGCUUCUCCCAAGCAAUUUUCAUCGACUAUUUGGCGGUUGCCAACGGAAAUACUCUCGGAAAUUUUCCUUUACUGUCUGCCAGAAGACAGACUCUUGUCGCCCGCACCAGCGCUGGCUCCCGUGUUGUUGACCACAAUUUGUCGACGAUGGAGGGAGGUUGCUUUGGGCUUGCCAAGUUUAUGGUGCACGCUGCAGUUAGUCGGGGACGAUGACUGGCACAAGAGAGCUUUCUUCUACGACUCCUGGCUCAAGCGAUCCAGAGGACAUCCGCUCUCACUCUCACUGGAGUGUUUCUCUAACUUGAGCGAGCCACAAAGCCUGCUCCAGGAAUACAUUCCACAAAUCUCGUCUCUCCAGCUUGAAUUUUCUGAUUGCGACGGCCCCUUCAUCAUGGAAGACUUCCAUGCACUCAAAGAGCUCACUAUAAACAACUACGGUUUCGACCCCAAGCGAGCUAUUGACCUGCUCCCUCGCGAAAUUGCCGAUUUCUUCAGUGAUUCCGCAUGGGCCCGUCUCACACAUGUCGAGAUCAACAUAAAUGGACUAGAUGCAUUCCCCCGCAUACUCCAUCUAUGCCCUAACCUCUCUUCCGUCACGGUGUUUGGAAUAUUCGACCCCAUUCAGACCCCAGAACCAAUCACGCACACCAAUCUUCAAACCUUACGCAUGUAUGGAGAUGCAUUGUGUAACCAAGGCGGUGAUCUUGGCCUAUUCGAGGUUAUCACACUCCCCAACCUUCGCGUCGUUGAAGUUCGCCAUAUGGGGCAGUGGCCACAUGAAGAGUUCAAGGAAUUUUUGACGCGGUCAAAAUGUCCCCUGGAGAGUCUGACUUUCGGGAGUGCAGUGUGGACGACAGAUCAGCAGCGAGCUGAAUAUGUUACCCUUCUUCCUUCCCUCGAAUUAACUGCAGAGCCCGAUAGCGAUUUCAAUAUAUUCGAAUUAAUAGGAGAUCUGUAG